CUUUGAAUAUUGUUAGACAGCCAGACUCAUGGUUGCUUGGUAACCUGAUGUUGUUAGGAUGGGAUCUCAAACUGUUUGAAGGGGCUUUGGGUGCAGCCAUGGAAGCUAUGCGUGGAGCUCUUGAGAAUGGCUCCCAGUGAGGUCAGAGGAUGUUCUCUGUGAGAGGCUUAAGAGGGCAAAAAUGUGUGUAGUUUGAUGGGCCGUUGUGGAUGGAGUUUGGGGCAGUGGGGCAGCGUUCUGGGUGCACUGUGCCGGGUGGCUUUUGAGAUGCUGAGGACUCGGGUUUUAGAAACCAAGACUGGGUGCAUGGAGUUGGUGUCGAUGGAGGAUCAGGACGCCAGGGUUCCAGCCCUGGAACCAUUCAGGGUGGAGCAGGCACCACCUAUAAUCUACUAUGUCCCUGACUUCAUCUCCAAGGAAGAGGAAGAGUAUUUGCUUCGACAGGUCUUCAAUGCCCCAAAGCCAAAGUGGACCCAGCUCUCUGGGAGGAAGUUACAGAACUGGGGUGGGCUCCCCCAUCCCCGAGGGAUGGUUCCUGAGCGGCUUCCUCUGUGGCUCCAGCGCUACGUGGACAAAGUAUCUGACCUCAGCCUUUUUGGGGGUCUCCCAGCCAACCACGUCCUUGUGAACCAGUAUCUGCCGGGGGAGGGCAUCAUGCCCCACGAGGACGGGCCACUCUACUACCCGACCGUCAGCACCAUCAGCCUGGGCUCCCACACCAUGCUGGACCUCUACGAGCCGCGGCAGCCAAAGGAUGAUGACCCUGCAGAGCAGCCCCGGUCCCCGCCCCGGCCAGCUACCUCGCUGCUGCUGGAACCACGCAGCCUGCUGGUGCUCCGAGGCACCGCCUACACGCGCCUCCUCCACGGCAUCGCGGCUGCCCGCGUGGAUGCGCUGGACGCCACCUCCCUGCCGCCCAACGCCGCCGCCUGCCCGUCGGCGCAGCCCGGAGCCAGCCUGGUGCGCGGCACGCGCGUCUCGCUGACCAUCCGCCGCGUGCCCCGCGUGCUGCGCACCGGCCUCCUGCUCGGCAAGUGAAGCCAGGCGCCCGGCCCGCUCGCAUUCCCCGGCUCUGCGCCUCUUCCCUCCUGGCAGCUGCGACCCUGUGACCUUGGAACCCUGGGGCCGAGGCGGGAGACACCCCUUCCCCCGCCGCGGGUUAUUUAUUUUCCCUGUAACUUCGUGGAAACUACAGGAAGAGGUUGCAUUUCAAAUAAACC